AUGGAGAGAAGCACGCCGAUUCGAAAGCCUCACACCUCAACGGCCGAUCUGCUGACGUGGAAGGAGGCUCCACCGUCUGCCUCCUCCAACAUCGCCGCCUCCUCCGCCUCUGCCCAGCCUUCCUCUGGUCGUACAAUCCAGCCGUCGGAUAGAAUCAGCAAAGUGCUGUUCGGAGGUCAGGUUACUGAUGAAGAAGCUCAAUCUCUCUUGAAGAAGAAGCCUUGCUCAGGUUACAAAAUGAAAGAGAUGACUGGUAGUGGCAUAUUUGCUACCAAUGGUGCUAACGGUGCAUCUGAACCUACUGCUACUAAUCCUACAAAUAAAACAGGAUUGCGCAUGUAUCAGCAAGCAGUGAAUGGCAUUAGCCAAAUAUCAUUCAGUACUGAUGGGAGUGUUUCUCCUAAGAAGCCUAUCUCUCUCCCUGAGGUAGCAAAGCAGCUAGAGUUAAGCGGCACAUUGCAAAGUGAGUCAGAUGCAAAGAAUAAAAAGCAAAUAUCAAAUGCCAAGUAUAAGGAGAUCAGUGGACAUGACAUCUUUGCCCCUCCUCCUGAAAUUAUGCCACAUUCAUCGGCUGCUACACCCUCCACUGAAUCAAGAGAAAGCAACAACAUGGGAGAACCUGCACCACGAAAUAUGCGCACAUCCGUCAAAGUUUCAAAUCCUGCUGGAGGUCAAACAAGUAUCCUAUUCACCGAAGAACCUGUUGUCAGGACGUCAAAGAAGAUACAUAACCAAAAAUUUCAAGAGCUGACUGGUAAUGAUAUCUUCAAGGGAGAUGUUCCUCCAGGUUCUGCAGAAAAACCACUGAGCCUAGCUAAACUGCGAGAAAUGAGCGGCAACGACAUCUUUUCUGAUGGGAAGGUGGAAUCUCGAGAUUAUCUGGGUGGUGUACGCAAGCCCCCUGGUGGUGAGAGCAGCAUUGCCUUGGUUUAACUUUGACAUUACGCUGCCUGUGUACCAGUAGUGUAUUCUACUUUACAUCCUAGUUUGCGAGCAGUGUUUUAACCGUGAACUGCCCUUGAUGCCUUACGAUCAAAGUUGGGCAUUUGAGGGGCAUUUGAGCGGCGUAUGUUGGUUGUGGUUGUAUAUGUAUACGUUGUUAGAGUGUAACAUUUAGAUCGAAACACCCAAAGCGGACGGCUAAUUGAGUUAUUUGAACAGUUUCCAGUGUUGUGUUGUUAGUGUUUGGUCUGGACUCCAGACCAACUUUGUUUGUUGCUGUGUAAUAAUAAAAAGGCCCUUGUUGAGUUGGUCCCUGAUAUGUUCUUUAGCUUAAACUAGGAUAUGUUCUUCAGUCGGUCCCAUG